GAAGAAUUAACCCCCUGGGAAGGCCUGGUGGAAGGGGAGAGAGCUGACUUCCCGGACCUGGCGCUCUCCUUCCCCCACCCCUCCUUCUCCGACCAAGCAUCACCCUCGUGAGGCCUCGUGGCGCUUGCAGAGGCGCGGGGCCCCCACCGAGCCUGGUGCCUUUUCUGGCAGCGCAGGGGAUCGGGCGGGGGCUGCGGGGAGGCCCAGGGCACAUGACGCCCCCUCCCCCCCGCCGGCCCAGCACAUGACCCGGGCCUGCCGGCGGGGUCCCGGCAGACACAAGCCGCGUCCCCAGCACGGCCCAUGGCCUCCCCGCGCCUGGGGACCUUCUGCUGCCCCACACGGGACGCCGCCACUCAGCUGGUGCUGAGUUUCCAGCCGCGGGCCUUCCACGCGCUGUGCCUGGGCAGCGGCGCGCUCCGCCUGGCGCUCGGCCUCCUGCAGCUGCUGCCCGGGCGCUGGCCCGCGGGCUCCGGGAUCCCCACGACCUCCCCGCCCGCCUCGGCCCGAGCCCCGGCCUCGGUCCGCAUCCUGCGCGCCGCCGGCGCCUGCGACCUCCUCGGCUGCCUGGGUAUCCUAGUCCGGUCUGCAGUGUGGUUGGGGUUCCCGAAUUUCGUGGACAUCUCAGCUGUGAACGGGACAGACGUGUGGCCCGAAGCCUUCUGCGUGGGGAGUGCAAUGUGGAUCCAGCUGCUGUACAGCGCCUGCUUCUGGUGGCUGUUUUGCUAUGCGGCCGAUGCCUACCUGGUGAUCCGGAGAUCGGCGGGACUGAGCACCAUCCUGCUCUACCACAUGAUGGCCUGGGGCCUGGCCGUGCUGCUCUGCGUGGAGGGAGCGUUCACGCUGUACUACCCUUCCAUGGCCAGGUGUGACCGAGGCCUGGAGCAUGCCAUCCCCCACUACAUCACCACGUACUUCCCGCUGCUGCUUGUCCUCGUGGCCAACCCCAUCCUGUUCCGAAAGACAGGGACGGCAGUGGCCUCUUUGCUAAAAGGAAGACAAGGCGUCUACACAGAGAACGAGAGGAGGAUGGGAGCCGUGAUCAAGACCCGAUUUUUCAAAAUCAUGCUGGUUUUCAUCAUUUGUUGGUUGUCGAAUAUCAUCAAUGAAAGCCUUUUAUUCUAUCUUGAAAUGCAACCAGAUAUCAAUGGAGGCUCUUUGAAACAGGUCAGAAAUGCAGCCAAGACCACAUGGUUCAUGAUGGGGAUGCUGAAUCCAGCCCAAGGGUUCCUCUUGUCCCUGGCCUUCUACGGUUGGACAGGCUGCCGCCUGGCCCUGCCAGCUCCCAGGAAGGAGAUCCAGUGGGAAUCGAUGGACACCUCGGCCGCCGAGCGGGCUUCCCAGUCCCCAAGGGGCUCCCGUGAGCCCCGGGAAGGCCCCGCUGCCAGGAAGGAGGUGCAGGGCGGCGGGCACACGUCCGACGAGCCCUUGAGCCUGCUGUCUGAAGGUUCCGAUACCAGCACAAUUGAAAUCCACAUUGCAAGCGUGUCCCGCAAUGGAAAGGAGGUUAAAUCUGUUCCAAAAGCCCAGGGAGACCUGUGAGAGGACAAGACAGUGGUCCAGAGCCCGUAUGUCUCAGAUUUGAUGUUUCUCAUCCCUUAGGGCUGUGUUCUCACCUGCAGCCAGCGCACUGCAGGGUGUAGCAUCUCCCCAAAUCUUACCGUCAUCACCACGCUAGAGCACAUUCCCCAGGAUCCUCUUUGUGGCAGGACAGACGAUCUGUGAGCCUGCUCUUAGGGAUGGCAGGGGGAUCCCUUUGAGACCAAACACUCGGCAGCUUCUCCAGACUCUCGGGUGAGAUUAGUUUCUCUGAUAUGGCUGUAAUGUAAACGCCAGAUCCAAGUUCUUGGAAAAGUUAAUAAAGUAGUUGUGUCCAAA